AUGUCACAGCGGCGUUCAUCAUCUUCGUCGCCGCCGAAGCGCGAAAAGGAGGUCAUGGAGCCUCGGCCGAGUGCGAGCAUCCUGCUCUUCUCACCGACAAACCAGGUCCUCCUGCUGCACCGAGUGAAGACGUCAACAUCUUUCGCAUCGGCGCAUGUCUUCCCUGGCGGGAAUCUAGACCCGUUCCACGAUGGAGAGAUCCCGCCAAGUGAUGCCCGGGAACGGCACGAGGACGGCCACGCGUAUCGGUUAGGUGCCAUCCGUGAGUGCUUUGAGGAGACGGGUAUUCUCCUCGCCACCAGAAAAGGCUCCGACGACAGGUCAACUCUCGUCAACGUCCCCACGGCAGACAGAGAGAAGGCUCGCAAGCAGAUUCACGGCGGCAAGCUGCGAUUCAGCGAAUGGGUUGACAGCGUGGGCGGCGUCCCCGAUACUGCACGCCUCAUCCCCUUCACAAGGUGGGUGACGCCCACCAACGUGCCCAAACGCUUCACAACGCAAAUGUACAUUUACAUGCUCCCGCACUCGGCCUCAACCGGCGCCGACGCGGCCGAGAACGAAAUCAUCGUGCCGACCCCGGACGGCGGCGUAGAGCACACGGCCGCCAAGUUCGACGACGCGUGGACCUGGCUCUACCGCGCCGACAAGGGCGAGAUCAUCCUCUUCCCGCCGCAGUAUUACCUACUCUACCUGGUCUCGCAGUUCUGCAAGGUCGCCGCGCCGUCGCCUGCGCCCGGCAAGGGCCACGGCGACGCUUACUUUGCGUCGCAGAGGCGGGGCCUGGUUGAUUUUCUCCGGAGGGCGCCCACCGCUGUGUCUGAGGCCGGGCGGAAGCAGCCUUCGUCGGAUAUUCCGUGGGCGGAUAAGGUUAUGAGCCCGCAUAACUUGUUCAUUCGCGAGGGGGAUAAUCGUAUCGUGCUCGGGCUUGAUAAGCCUGGUCCCGAGCUCAAGGGGUCGGGCCGAGGAGGCGAUUGGGAGAGGGUUGUGUUGGUCAAGUUUACGAGGGACGGGCCGCGCAAGGUCGAGGUGAGGGGUCGCGAGGAGGUGUUGAGGGAGGAGAAGGAGGCGAAGAGGGCUAGGGAGGCGGAGGAGGGUGAUGGGAGACAUAAGCUUUGA